CUUUCAGAUGGUGUGGAAAUUGAAUAUUUUCAUUUUAGUUGUCUCAACGGUUACCUACACUUUGGCACAAAAAUAUUCCUCAUCCGGUUAUAAUAUUGUACAUGAUCACCCUGGCUCAAACGCAUAUCAUGGAUUCAGAUUUUUGCAUGGAAGUCCAAAUUGGCAUGGACCAUCCACAUCAAACAGAAAUGGCAAUCCUUUCACAGGAUUAGGAAACUCAAAUCCUGGUUAUGGUUUACAUUUUCCAAGACCUGGUGCUGCCACUUGUGCUGCUGCACCAGCUAUUUGUCAAAAGACUGCAUAUCGUAGCUUAGAUGGCUCAUGUAAUCAUUUGGAAAAUCCACAACUUGGAAUUGCUAAUUCUAGAUAUGGUCGUCUAUUAUCUCCCAAAUAUGCUGAUGGAAUAUCAGCACCUACUAGUUCAAUAACUGGAGAUGAACUACCAAGUGCACGCUUGGUAUCACUUGUUAUAUUUGGAGAACUCGAUGUGCCUGAUCCAAAAUACACAUUGGUAAAUAUGCAGUGGGGCCAAAUAAUGACACAUGAUAUGAGUAUGCAAGCUGGUGGAACACAAUCCAAGAAACAUCCUACCCGCUGUUGUACAGAUGACGGCCGUUUGGUUGGUGCUGAUACAGCACAUAAAACUUGUUUUGCCAUAAUAGUUCCACCUCAUGAUCCUGCUUAUUCUCAAGUUGGCACAGAAUGUCUUAAUUUUGUGCGUACACUUACUGAUCGUGAUGCCAAUUGUCCAAAUAGUCAAGGACCAGCGGAACAACUGACAGUAGUCACAGCUUACAUGGACUUGUCAUUAGUAUAUGGUAAUUCGAUACAACAAAAUAGUCAAAUACGUGCAUUCCAACGUGGUCGUAUGAUAGUCGAGGAGCGUAAUGGUGCAGAAUGGUUACCUUCGUCACGUAAUGUUACUGGUGAUUGUGAUGCAACUGACCCAAAUGAAGUAUGCUAUAUGGCUGGUGAUGUUCGAGUUAAUCAAAAUCCAGGUUUAACAAUGUUACAAACUAUCCUACUGAGAGAACAUAAUCGUAUUGCUGACGUAUUAGCAAAAUUGAACCCACAUUACGAUGAUCGCACCUUGUUCCAAGAGGCACGAAAAAUAAAUAUUGCACAAUAUCAACACAUCAGUUAUUACGAAUGGUUACCAAUCUUCCUUGGCACUGAGAAUAUGUUGAAGAACCGUUUGAUAUAUGAAACACCAGCGGGAGCUUAUGUAAAUGAUUACGAUUCAAAUAUUGAUCCAUCUGUUUUGAAUUCACAUGCAACAGCAGCAUUCAGAUAUUUCCAUUCACAAAUCGAAGGAAGAUUAGAUCUUUUAUCAGAAUUGAGAUCUGUAACAAAUUCAUUGCGACUAAGCGAUUGGUUUAAUCGUCCUGGUAUUCUUGAAGUUGGUGAUAAUUUUGAUUCACUUACAAGAGGUCAUGCUACACAACCCGAAGAAUUAACUGAUAUCAAUUUCGAUCGUGAGAUAAAACACUUUUUGUUUAGAAGAAAUAAUCCCUUCGGUAGUGAUUUACGUGCUAUUGAUAUACAACGUAACCGUGAUCACGGUUUGGCCUCAUAUAACGAUUAUAGAGAGUUCUGCGGACUGAAACGUGCUAGCAAUUGGGAUGAAUUUGGCGACUUAAUCGAUGGUCAAAUUAUUGCGAAACUAAAAGAUCUUUAUGCCAGUCACGAAGAUUUGGACUUAACAGUGGGCGGUUCCUUAGAAUCGCAUGUUGAAGGUGCUUUGGCUGGUCCAACUUUCCUUUGCAUACUUACAGAACAGUUCUACCGGACACGUGUGGGAGAUCGUUUCUUCUUCGAAAACGGAGAUAAGAAAACUGGUUUCACCCCAGAACAAUUGGCAGAAAUAAGUAAAGCAAGUAUGGCACGCUUACUAUGCGACAAUGGAAAUCAUAUAGAAAAUAUGCAACAACGUGCAUUCCUGACUGUAUCGGGAUCAAAUCCUGUCAUGCCGUGCCAAAGCUUACCCGUCGUAGAUUUGACAAAAUGGGUUGAUCAGAAACCGUUUGUAGGCGGAACAGGAUAUGGAAAAAAAGUUGGAGUCUGUAUAUCAUUUCGAGAACAUUGCUUUAUAAUGGCAAUAAUGGAGAAAUUAAUACUAUUUUUUGCAAUUGUAUUAUUAGGAAGUAAAACAGCCUCAAGUGAACUGAAAUGCCCAAUGGCGCAUUUGAAACACGUUUAUCAACCGCAGCCUGCAUCUGUGGUGUCAUUGACAGGGGAAGCAGCUACAAAACUGGAGAGUGCGACAACAGAUGCAUCAGGUAAAUUCAAAUGUGCCGUUCCUCCGAUUAGUUGUACAAAUGAUACCACAAAUUAUAUCUAUCGCUCUCUUGACGGUUCAUGCAACAACUUAGACGUUCCAGGAUAUGGAAUUGCCAAAUCAAGAUAUUCACGGUUAUUAAUACCGAGAUAUGGCGAUGGUAAUUACUCUCCGACAGAAUCUGUUUCAGGCUCUCAACUGCCAAAUGCACGUUUGUUAUCAUUAUCAAUGUUUGGCGAACAGACUAAACCUGAUUAUUUUCGUACAAUGGCCCUGAUGCAAUUCGGGCAAGUUAUUGCACAUGAUAUGAGUCAUUUCACUAAAAAUCCAGAUAUUGAUGAUUGCUGUUCGAAUACUGGACAUAGUUUAUGUUAUCCUAUAAACCUUCUUCCGAAUGGUCCCAUUUAUUCACAAUCUGGGAAAAAAUGUCUUAGUUUUGUUCGUGCAGUUUCUGAUGCGGAAUCCACUUGUCCAAAAAGUUAUCACCCUUAUUCCGAAAAAAUAACAGUUACAACUGCCUUCCUGGAUCUUUCACCAUUGUAUGGUAGCUCAAAAGAAGAAAAUAGAAAAGUUCGCCAAUUUAUAGGUGGAUUACUUAAGACAAGUGUAUUGAAUAAUCGUGAAUAUCCUCCAUUGAGUCAUGGUAGUGAAUGUGGAAAAGAUAUGAGUCAAUGUUACAACAUUCCUGAUAAAAGAAACCAAGAAAUUCCUACCAUAAUUGUGAUGCAUGUUAUAUUUCUCCGAGAACACAAUAGGAUUGCCAAUGCUUUAGCACUUUUGAAUCCACAUUACGAUGAUGAACGGCUCUUCCAGGAAGCAAGAAAAAUUAAUAUUGCGCAAUACCAACACAUAGCCUAUUAUCACUGGUUACCACUAAUUCUAGGACAGUCAUAUUCUCUUGAUAAUAAUUUAGUGUAUUACGUACAUCCACAUGAUUAUGUCAAUGACUAUAAUCCCUCUGUAAAUCCAGCUCCACUAGUUGAAUUCUCAUCAGCUGCUUUCAGAUAUUCGCAUAACCAAAUUCCCGGAUGGUUCUCCUUGGUUGGACCAAGUAGGCAUUAUAAUGAAACUAUGCGUUUAAGUGAUUAUAUUAAUCGUCCAGAAAAUAUCAACUUUAUAUCCCAUGGUGAUAAUUUUGACUCGCUUGUACGUGGUUUAUGCACACAAUUUCAGAAAGAAAGUAGCAGUCAUGUUGAUAAAGAGAUUAAACAUCAUUUCGGCCGUAAGGCAAACGAAGAAUACGGAAAAGACUUAAAAGCAGUCGAUAUACAGCGUUCACGAGAUUUUGGUUGCGCCUCUUAUAAUGAUGUUCGUCAUUACUGUGGACUACCACGUGCUUAUGAUUGGCCUGGAUUUUCGAAUGAGAUACCUGCAUCUAAAAUUGCUUUGCUGAAGAGUUUAUACAAUUCUCCAGAUGAUGUGGAUCUUGUAGUUGGUGGAUCAUUAGAGAAAACAGUGCAACAAUCAGUUUUCGGACCAACAUUUCAAUGUGUUGUCGCCAAGCAAUUUGGCAAGACUAGAACAGCCGAUCGAUUCUUUUUUGAACACGAAAAUCAAUAUAGUGGAUUUACAAGAUGUCAACUGGCUGAGAUACGCAAGUCUAGUCUUUCGGGACUCUUCUGUAAUAAUGCUGAUUAUCUGCUUUCAAUACAGCCAAAUGCAUUUAUUUUCCCAAAUCGAAGGAAUAUGUUAAAGAGCUGUAGCGAUAUUCCACAAAUAAAUCUGAACAAAUGGAAACAACAUGACCAAUCUAAAACUUACACAUAAAUAUAAACAUUAAUACAUUUUUGCAUA